UACGCACACAGGAGUACCAGCUGCACGGAAGCCGGUUGCCAACGCAACGACGUAGCUUAGUCUCUAAGCACCUCGAGAAAACAAGCUCCAGCGCACCUAUCGCUUCGGAAUUAAACUAGUUGUUUGAAUCGUUUCAACUGUGUUUUGCUUGUGCCUGGAAUCGUGGCUCGGCCCAACUACUCCGACGGCGAUAGUUAGUUAAUGUGCCGUAAGAAACUAUCUAUUUCACUGCAUCUUAUAUAGUAGCGAUCAAGAAAUGGUGAGUAGCUAGCCUGGCUAGCUAUCUGGGCACCGUUAGAUCGCUCUGAGCUGCUGUGAGAAUUAAGGCGGGGAGAAGCUUACAAAAAGUACCCAUCCAGUUGUCUAUUAGAGGCUGAGUUUGGCUUUAAUGAGCAUCACCAGAAUGAAGUCAUCAACUACAUGAGAUUUGCACGCUCUAAGAGGGCAUUGAGGCUCAAGACAAUAGACUCUUGCUUUCAGGACCUCAAAGAGAGCAGGCUGGUGGAGGAGACGUUCACGGCAGACGAGGUGACGGAAAUGCUGGAGGGGCUGCGGGUGGUGGUGCGGGGGGAGGUGGAGACGGAGCUCAUCAACACGGCCCACACCAACGUGCUCCUCCUGCGUCAGCUCUUCUCGCAGGCAGAGAAGUUCUACCUCAGGCUCCAGACGGACAUCUCAGAGCUGGAGAACAGGGAGCUGCUGGAGCAAGUGGCCGAGUUUGAGAAGGCGGAGUUUAAGUCUAGCGGCAGAAAGGCUAACCAGGAGACCAGUAAACCCAAGCUGGCCCCCCUGAAUGAGGCAGGGGUGUCUGAGCUGCUAAACAAGGAGAUCUCCAGAUUGCAGGAGGAGAAUGACAAACUGAAAAGCAGACUCCGUGCAGUCGAAUCACAGGCUAUGAGUGCCUUAGAAGAGAAGUCCAAGGUGGAGAAGACUUUAAAAGAGCUGCAGAAGAUUCAGGGUGAGCAACAGCGGGCCCUGCACUCUCAGGAGAUCAGCAGCCUGGAGGACACGGUGGCAGCCCUACAGGCAGACUUCCAGAAAUCCCUGAGCGACAGCACAGCCUCCCAGAAAAACCUGCAGGACAACCUGGUGGAGGCCAAGCAUGAGCUACUGCGGGUGCAGGAGCAGCUGGCACUUACUGAGAAGGAGCUAGAGAAGAAAUUCCAGCAGACUGCUGCAUACCGCAACAUGAAGGAGAUGCUGAGCAAGAAGAACGAGCAGAUAAAGGAGAUCAGGAAGCGGCUGCAAAAGUAUGAACCAGAUGAAUAAACCUACUGAUCUGUCAAGUUGUCUAACUAAGAAUCAGGAAUGGCUGGGGAACAAUAUCUCCUGGGGCCAAAUAAGACAAGGCUUAAAUCCCAACAGGUCUUCAUCCUAACCCUGAAAUGGACCUUGCCUUGGAGGAAGAGACGUGGAUUACAUCAUGAUGUGGUGGAGAUAGACUAACCCAAAGUCGAGUCCUGACCUGGGCAGCGGGGAGGGGUUUGCUGAUCCGGGGGCUUUGUAGUCAUUAACCUUUGCUGGGCUAUUGUUGGUAUUUCAGAUGGCCCUCACUGGAAAGCCCAGGAUUAUAUUUAAGGACAGCUAUUCACCUGUUGUUCACUGAAGCAAAUUGGUUACCCCUGAUUUUAUAUUCUGCCUUUCGUAAGCCUGCUGGGAGAGAAGAUACCCAGCAUGCAUUUCCCACAAAUUAAAUUUUUUUAUGACCCUGCCCUCAAUAUGAGCUUGGUGUUGUAGAGUGUAUGUGUGUGUGUCUCUCUCUCUCCCUCUCCC